AUGGCAAAGAAGAGAAAGCUCGAAACUCAAUCCAGCGAGGCCUCAGAACCGUCUCAGAAGCUGAAGCAGACGGAGGAAGAGCAGCCGGAAAUUAAAAACGAGGUUAAUGAAGAAGGCGGUGAUGAAGAAGUUAUAUACGAAGAAGUAGAGGUGGAGCAGGAGGAGGAAGUCGAAGAUGAUGACGAAGAAGACGAUGCAGAUGACGCCAAAGCUGAGGUCGGCAAUCGUACGGAGGCGGCAACGUCUGGAUCUGGGAAUCAGAAGGAGAAUGAUACCAACGACGAUGAGCCGAUUAAGGAUCUGUUGGAGCCAUUUUCGAAGGAGCAGCUUCUGAGCCUUCUCAAAGAAGCGGCGGAGAAGCAUGCCGAUGUAGCGAAUCGAAUCCGAGAAAUGGCCGAUGAGGAUCCUGUUCAUCGGAAGAUCUUCGUUCACGGACUUGGGUGGGACACCAAAACCGAAACUCUAAUCGAAGCUUUUAAGCAGUACGGAGAGAUCGAAGACUGCAAGGCCGUUUUCGAUAAGGUCUCCGGGAAAUCAAAAGGAUAUGGUUUCAUUCUGUUCAAGUCUAGGUCAGGUGCUCGCAACGCACUCAAGCAGCCGCAGAAGAAGAUCGGUAGUCGUAUGACGGCGUGUCAAUUGGCUUCCAAGGGACCUGGCUUCGGCGGAACUCCAGUCGCAGCUGCAGCUUCCUCGGUGGUGCCUGCUCAGAAUUCGAACUCGGAGCACACGCAGAAGAAGAUCUAUGUUAGUAAUGUUGGAGCAGAGCUUGAUCCCCAGAAACUUCUUGCGUAUUUCUCAAAGUUCGGAGAGAUUGAAGAAGGUCCGUUAGGUCUUGAUAAGUUCACCGGGAGACCCAAAGGCUUCUGCUUAUUUGUGUACAAGACGGCUGAGAGCGCCAAGAGAGCUCUAGAGGAGCCACACAAGACUUUCGAAGGACACGUCUUGCAUUGCCAGAAAGCAAUCGAUGGUCCCAAACCGGGGAAGCCGCUUCACCAGAACACUCACAGCCACAACAACCCUCGUUUCCAAAGGCAUGAUAACAAUGGUUACGGUGCUCCUGUAGGUCAUGGACAUCUCAUGGCUGCUAACCAAGCGAUGGGUGGUCCAGCGCAAGGUAUAAAUCCAGCCAUUGGACAGGCCUUGACAGCUCUGCUUGCUUCGCAGGGAGCUGGUUUGGCUUUUAACCCAGCACUUGGACAGGCUCUGUUGGGCUCGCUUGGGACAGCUAACCCAGGGGCUGGAGCUGGAAUGCCAGCUGGUUACGGUACUCAAGCUAUGGCUCCAGGGACAAUUCCUGGAUACGGUGCACAACCUGGGCUGCAAGGUGGCUAUCAGACUCAGCAACCCGGUCAGGGCGGUACAGGCAGAGGGCAACAUGGUGUUGGCCAAUACUCUCCUUACAUGGGCCACUAG